AUGCCUUUCAGAUUCGCCCAAUUCAAACGAAACAAUUGCCAUCCUCCAGUUCCUCCGCAAUCCGCAUGCAAUUCCCGGAAAAUCGAUGUGGUUUGCUGCUUCGAAUGGCUUCCCUCCUGCUGCUUCCAGCAUGACUCUCUGGAAUUCAAAGAAAGAUCUGCUGGCGAUGGUUGGAGAUUCAGCAUGCCAAGGAUUUCAAUCUGCAACUCCCUCGAUCUAUUUGUGAAAUUCGUUGACGAGGUGGACUUCUUCCCUGGUGGAGGCCUCCGACUCCUUCCAUCCUCAGUUUCCCCUACCGAGUACCAAAUGUUAAAGGAACUCUACAGGUACAUUGACAUUGCAGAGUCCUUACGUCAGAAGCAGUCAAAGCAUGAGCUGAAGUUUGACAGAUUUUCAGACCAUAAACAGAAUGGCAGAGCAGUGAAUGAUGAUAUUGAAUUGAACCAUGCAAAGGACCACUUUGCUCACUCCAAAACUUGGGUACUGAGCAACUGCUUCUGAAUUGCAGCUUAGAAGUCCAAAUUAUAUUCUAUACUAAAAACCACAAGAAUAUAUUAGCCGAGGUAAUGAAUUAGUUAUGUAAUGAAUCUUAGUUUGCUCAUUUAUCCCCUGCAUAAUAAUGGAAAGGAUGGGUGGGAGAAAUCUUCAUUCAAGUUGGCAGUAGAGAAUUCAGAAGAUGCAAUUAACAAUCAACAAAAUAUUCCAUCUGUUAUACUACUUGCUAGAGGUACAAAAUACUUGCUAGAGGAAGGAUGUUUAUACUGAGCUUCUGAUGUUGCAAGUAGAGGAAUGGAGGAAUACAAUAAGGUAUACAGUAAUGAGAAUCUGGAACUUGCCUUACUUUCUUUUGAUUAGUUUUCUGUGUUUGUAAAAUCUAAAAGGUUAACAUGAGACCAAUAUGGAUCCCAAAGUAGUUAUGAUGAGCAAAGAGAACCAGUAUAGAGGACAGAGAGAAAUUUCAGGCCUUUGUUGCUCUUUGGUGCCGCCUAAUAUUGUUCUUAUUUCCCAAUCCACAGGUGC